ACUGUGUGCUGAUGAAGUCGCUCGCAUUGGCCUGUAUACAAAAUGAGUACACGUAUUUGGAAAGCGACGCGACAUGGGUCGGAUCAGUAUGUGCCUCCGGGUCGCGCCAGUGGCGGUGAUACCAUUGAUCAUCAUACUCAUCAUAGCUUAUAACGAGCUAGUGAUCCCAAGUGCAACUUCGCCUGUAAACAUGAAGCUCGUGUCGCUACGUGAAACCGCCACGCCGACAAAAUCUGCUAAACCAGCGACUUCGCUGCGCCACAAAGAGGACGUGCCCGUGGUCAAUAAAUCUGCGAGCCGACAGUAUAACACAACUUUUCCUCCCACCGA